AUGCCACGCUCGACGCCUAUGCCUGGGAGCUUCCCAACUUACUCUGAGUGUGAGGACUUGGAUCCUAAGGAUCAGGAGCAUUUUGAUUGCGAAGUCCUUCAACCCGAAGAUCAAGGGCAUGUCGAUUGCAAGGUCCGUGGCUCUCCGGAUCAAAGGCAAGUUGGUUGCGAUGGUGUAGUGGGAGGCGCUAAUGUCUACAGCGACAUGCACAUGUGCCAUAGCACACCUAUUCAAGACCAAAUACCCACACAGCAAAUAGUCUUAUGGCGUCCAGUACCUGUCGUGGAAACAUCAGAACGCCAUGUCACAGAAUCACCUGAACGUCCUGUCGCAGAACAGUCUGACGCGUUACCCGCCCGCGCAUGUAGUCACUCAAUGGCAAUUGUUGUCCAUCACAACAGCAGCUUCCCCACCAACCCUUCUAACGCAGCCGACGAUACUACCCAUGCUGAUGCAAUCCACCUUGAUCCGGAUCAAGAGGAACUUGUCCUCCGUGUGAUUCAUCGCAUCUAUGCACGUCGUCAGCCGCCGUGUCCUCCUAGGUGGUCGCUGUCAUCCAGGAUUUGCGAUCUGAUCCUGCGCUUUCUCGGACAAACAAGCGGCACGGGUGAGAGAGGGGCACAUGGAACUUCAGAGGUAGACCACGGUCCGUCCAAGGGGGCGUUGGGGAAGCGAAAGAAAGUGGUUCAGGACGAAGAUGAUGUCGAUGCAGAUGUCCGUGUUAGUCCUGGGGUAGGAAGAAGGACGCGGGUAAAGGUGGAGUGA